AUGUCAAUACCAACUCUGGACGAGCAGUUCCUUCCGCGUCUGCUAGCAGUCUUCUAUGCUGUCUUUCACCCCACAGAAGGGCCCAAGGUCAUCUACCAAGUCCCCGAAGGAUCCAUCACAGAAGACAAGGCAUCUGCUACGGCACCCGGGUCGAAUGAAAUAGCGAGCACGAGCAAAGUGCAGCUCAAUCAGGGAGGUGCAACCCCAGGCGCAGAACCUCUAUUCGACUUUUCCGCUCUCUCAGAAUACCUCAUCCCGAAAGCACCCCUGUGCGGAAGACUCGUCACCUCGAUUGCUCGCGGCACAGUCGGCAUUCAGCACAGGCGCCAUGAGCGUCCUGCUCGUGCGCUGUCUCGGGCGCCAGCGAGAUCCUCAUCUGCAAGGUCCGGCGGCUCCUCGCGAGCUCCCUCCGUCAUGCCAAGACGCGCCGAGGAUGCCGACCCGUCCGGCAAGCCGCAGCUAGAGGAGCGAACCUACAAGAUCCUCGGCUUCCCCAUCCUCAUUGAAGAUGCAACCAAGUAUCAGAGAAACAACUUCAUCUUUAACCUCUGCUUCGUCUUCGAGGGCAACGCCGACGUCCGAGCCUACGAGCCCAUCGUCCGAAAGUGUGGACGAGUUCUCCGCGGCCUGGAAGAGAGCCAGUCCUUCCUCUCCAGUCCCAAAAGCCUGCCGCGCAUGUACAGUGUCGUCGAGCAGCUCUUUGAGGAUCUCAACUCGUACAGCGAGAGCUUCGUCGCGCUGCCUGAGGCGCCGCACACAUCGUAUCUCAACAGCUCGUCCAAGCCGUUCAGCCCCGAAGGGCACGGCCAGAACCUCACCUCUCCGCCCAUUGGCCCCGAGGACUUUGUCUCUCUUGGCGCAAGUUUCGGCUCGCUUCGAGGCGAGCAUCAUCGCAACUUCAUCAAUGAGCGGCUCAAGCAGAAGCAGAUGCAGCAGCAGAUGCAGCAGCAGAUGCAGCAGGCGCAGACUUCGAGUCCACGUCAACUACACUCGCCCAUCUCAGACCGCGCAAGCCCAACGCACCAAGCAGCACCGGGUAACAGCGGUGGUGCAAGAUCUCGCUCGGGCUCGGGCACCGGAUCAUCGCUUCACGAUCAUAGUCGACCAGCCUUGGCGCCGCUGACAACGAUACGGGGCGAUGGGCAAGCAAUGGUAAGAAGCAACAGCGCUUCGGGCACCAGCGGUCCCGGUUCAGACGGCCCUCAUUCUCCUCAGUCUGGGAUCUCUGUGCUGACAUCAGACGCACGUAGGCCAAGUCUAGCAAGAUCGUCAACGAUUGUGGGUCCUACCGAUGACGAACGACGGACCGCAUACCCUUCUGGUGAAAGCCGUGACACAGCCAUGGGCGUCGUAAGCUCAAAGUGGCGCAGCGAUCUCAACCGCGAUCUCAGUGCCGCAGAGAGUCUCGGAAAUGUUCUCACACAUCGCGACGUCGGAGCCUACGACAGUAUCAAUACAGCCGCCGGCACGAGGCGAUCGAGCCGUGGCAGCACAGCGGGUGCACACGGACCUGACCACGAGCCGAGCGCACUUGAGCAUCUCACUGAGAGCGUUCUGUCGCUACGCACCAUCGAUGCUGCCCUCACGAGCUCGGCCAAUGCGCUCCGCACCGAGACGGGCGACGGUGCCAAACGCACCGCAUUCAUCGAGAGGCGAGAGCCACCUCACGGUCUUGGCCGCACCGUCCGCGAUGCCAUCAAUCUCAAGCUCUUCCCGGUCUUUGCCAACCCGACACCGGUCAAUGACUGGGACGUGCCAGUGGCGUUGCUCGAUCUCUUGUCCCGCGUCGAUGGCAAUUGGGACCUGACGCUGCGUCGUAUCUUGCCCUUCAUCGACGGCGUCAACCACGUCAAGCGCAUCGCUCAGCUCGCUGAUGCUGAUCUCGGGCUUACACGUGCAUGCCUGGAACAUUUGGUCUACUACGGCUGCAUCAUCGUCGUCGAUAUCUUUCAGUACUUCAAUAUGUACACUGUCCGACCGAUCAUUGCCACAAAGGCCGACGAAGAGGCUCUCGGGCUCGAAUGCGCCACCUACGUUGCACGAUCGGGCUACACGCCGCCGAGCUAUCCGGACAUCUUGAAGCUGUACUCGCUGCUUCGUGUCGGAACGACGCUGCACGAUUGGAUCGAGGACAACGACAUUGACAGCAAAGGCAUCGAUGUGCGCCGCUUCGUCUCAUUCGGCGUCAUCCAAGGGUUCUUGCGUCGAGUCCAUCGAUACCCGAUCUAUCUCGGAUCGCGAUCAGGCGAAGAUGGCUUUCCUGCUUUCGACACCUCGGUGGUCAACACGGUUCGGAAUUCGCCCGUGAUCCAAUCGCCCGCGCUGAAGUCCAACGACUCGAGCGCGCGGCGCUCGGAAGCCCAGGACCAGCAUCGUCGGGAACAGAGCGGCAGCCGUGAACCGCGAGACAGGCGUCCAAGGGAGCUUUCGGGCAUGAGCGGCGCCUACAGUGCCUUCCAACGGAUCGGACGCGACGGAAGCGUGGACAGUCCCGGAGUGGCAGCACGUACGCCUGCGCGAAGACCAGCUUCCGAGGCGAGGUUGAGCAACGUCGUUCUCGCCGGCGGCAGCGCUAGCGCGUUCAAUCUGGGCAGCGAGUUGGUGCAGACGGGCAGCGGUGCCGGUAGCAGCCAGUUUGGCACCUCGCCUACCAAACGCCAUGCCCGGAUGCGACAGCGCACCAACUAUCGACAUCCCACCACGACCGCUGUCGAUGUGGCAGCGGCAGCCUUCCAAGCAGAGCGACCAGCCGCGGCGGCACCUGGUGGCACAGCGCGUUCUCCCCGCAAACGAGCCAGCGCUAUCGGCCUCAGCACGGCCAUUCCCAGCACAGCCGCACCGGGAGCCCUUCCCUCCGCCAGCGGCUUCGGCGUCGCCGGUACCAGCGGCACCCAAGCUCAUCCGCGCUCUCACGCAGUCGUCAUCCCACCGGACCUGAUCGACAUGCUCGACGGCCUGCACAGCGACGACGAGAUUUGCGUCGCAUUCUCCAUCUCUUGGCCCGAGCUCGAGAAGAUGCUCAUCCAGAUCGGACUCUCCCCGUCUGCCCGGCCGGAGAUUGUGGAUACGGACGAGGACGACAUUGCUUCUACACAGCGGAGCGAUUGGCGUCGCUGGCCUGGUGGGUCGAUGUUUGGGACGACGGGUGCUGGUGGGGCCAGCUCGGGGUGGAGCAAGCCGAGGAUGUCCGGGUUUGUUGCAGGAGGGAAGAGUCAGGCAAGCGGUGUUGCUAGCUCAGGGCACCAUUCGAGUCGGACGCAGGGCGGAGAGUCGAGUGGGUUCGGCAUGGUGUGGGGCAACGAUCCGGAUGAGAGCGGGUGGGGACCGACCGGGUUGGACCGCGAGGCGAUCGAGGCGGGUGACUUGGGCAAGGUGAGGAUUCUGUAUCAGUGA